GAAGCUCUGAUCUCCACUUCUCGCCGACUCUAUAAAGCCCCCUCGCACUGCGAUUGUUCCAAAGCUCGGAAGGAGAAGCUCGGGGAUCGGCCAUGGACGCGACGAUGGCGCGGCAAACGUGGGAAUUGGAGAACAACAUCACGGCAACGUCGGAGGCCGGGGCUGACGCGGACGCGAUCUACGCCUACGAUGAGGCGGCGCAGGCGAAGGCGCAGCAGGAGAAACCAUGGUCGCAGGAUCCCAACUACUUCAAGAGGGUGAGGAUUUCGGCACUGGCGCUGCUCAAGAUGGUUGUCCAUGCGCGCUCCGGCGGCACCAUUGAGGUUAUGGGCCUUAUGCAGGGUAAGACUGAUGGGGACGCCAUUGUCGUCAUGGAUGCCUUCGCUCUUCCUGUUGAGGGAACUGAAACCCGCGUCAAUGCUCAGGCGGAUGCCUAUGAGUACAUGGUUGAUUACUCUCAGACCAAUAAGCAGGCUGGUAGAUUGGAGAAUGUUGUUGGGUGGUACCAUUCACACCCUGGGUACGGUUGCUGGCUUUCGGGCAUUGAUGUAUCCACACAGAUGCUUAACCAGCAGUAUCAGGAACCAUUCUUGGCAGUGGUUAUUGAUCCCACUAGAACUGUUUCAGCUGGGAAGGUGGAGAUUGGAGCAUUUAGAACAUAUCCAGAAGGAUACAAACCACCAGAUGAGCCUGUCUCAGAGUAUCAAACUAUCCCACUUAACAAGAUUGAAGAUUUUGGAGUUCACUGCAAGCAGUAUUAUUCACUGGACAUAACUUACUUCAAGUCUUCCCUAGACUGCCACCUCUUGGACCUUUUGUGGAACAAGUACUGGGUAAACACACUUUCAUCAUCCCCUCUUCUAGCCAAUAGAGAUUAUGUUGCGGGGCAGAUUUCUGAUCUGGCUGAAAAACUGGAACAAGCAGAGAACCAACUAGCUCACACACGUUUAGGUUCUUUUCUUGUACCCUCACAGCGAAAGAAAGAGCAAGAGGAAUCCCAGUUGGCUAAGAUAACUCGUGAUAGCUCAAAAAUUACAGUCGAGCAGGUCCACGGUCUCAUGUCACAGGUAAUCAAGGACAUCCUCUUCAACUCCGUGAGGCAUUCCAAUGGAGCACGGCCAAGCCUCACAGAUCCCUCUGGCCCUGAACCUAUGGUUGAAAGUUGAAGCAGGUUGGUGCUUGGUAGCUGAUUGGGGAAAGGAUCUUUUGAAUGAUCUUUUGUUGUGAAGCACUGAGGGCCGCAUCAACCUUGUUUCAGUUUGAAUCCAAGUAUUCAUUUGAGUUAAAUCCAGGGCACUUAUUUCAUUGUGGUGCUCCCUUGGAAAUGUUUAGAAUUUGCAGUCAUGAAGUUAUACUUUAACCAUAUGGUCAAUCGGGAUGUUUGUUUAAAGGAGAGAAAGUUGAAUGCAGUAUCAGUAGAGCCA